GAACAACCCAGCUCGAUCGGAGCUUGAAGAAAAAAAAGUCAACGAACAAGAUCUCGGAAGAAUUCAAAACACCCACCAACAACCACCACCCUUUCUGUAACGUGAAGGUCGUCACGCAAACAUGUCUGCCAUUGGGACUUUGGUUUUCUGCAACGAUUGCGGUAAUCUCUUGCCUGCAUCCAAAGGAAGCGAGAAGAAUAUUCUACUCUGCGAAUGCUGUGGUGCGGAGAACAAAGACGCCGCUGCCAAGACAGUCAUCACCAGAUCGACCCCAGCCGACUUUCCGUCUCCUUUGCGCCAGCAGCUGUCUAGCGUGCAAACGGUCAAACGCCAUGAGCUUGUAACCGAGGCUUUGACACAGAAGACGUGUGAAAAAUGCGGCAGGAAAGAGGUCAGGUUCUCCGCCGUCCAGCUACGCAGCGCCGACGAGGGGUCCACCAUCUUCUACAACUGCGAAUGCGGGAACAGGUGGGCUGAGAACAACUGAUCUUGGUGUAUUGCAAAGCCAAUGGCCUCUGCCCAAUGCCUGUUUAGGAUACGAGCAUCCCCCCAAGUCCCGAAACCGCGCACGACUCUGCAUAUACUACUACGAUAAACCCGAGGCCGCAAGGACCACCAAAUGCUUUUUAUAUACCCGAAACGCCGGUGUGCGCGCCUAUCAACGACGACGACACAUACUCCUUAGAAUUACACAGCAACCGACUGCUUAGCUGGAAAAGGGCGACAUGGAGAUGCUCGAGAUAUUCAAGCUACGAUCUCGGGAAUCAACGCAUACUCGGUCUGGCCACUCUUCUCGUACUCGGCCAUAUCGAGAGCGACUAUGCAGCUCUCCCGCACGACUUGCUCCUUGUCGUCCAGGAAUUUUCUCAGCGUGGCCUCGACACCCUCCUCCUCCCCUAGCCCGCCCAACGCCUCGGCAGCCUCGUGACGAACCAUGCUCGCUUCCUCGACGUUGCUUAGCGCCGCGGUUAGCGCGGGGAUAGAGGCUGGGUGGGAUAGCUGCCCAAACACAAACGCGAUUUCGUGGCGGAACAGCGCGGACUCGUCUUCGAGCCCGCGGGCGAGAGCCAGGACCGCAGGCACGGCCGUUGGGAGGUCGGGGGGAGAAGCUAGGUCUCGCAGAGCAAACAUGGCGCGGUAUCGUUGGAAGAGCGGCUUUGAUGUGUCCAUGAGGGUCUCACCCAGCUUCUGCACGUUCUCGUCGGCUUGUUGCGCCAUGGGAGGAGCGGGAUCAACGGAGGCGAAAUCGCUAUUUUUGGUAGUAAAAAGAGGUGUUAGUUGUCACGCGGCAUAUUGAAAUAAACUAGAAGCAAGACUUGCCUCUGCUUGAGCUUCUCCUUUUUCCGCUCCUCCGAGUUUUCCCAGUUUAUCCUGUCGAUGGCGAUCUCG